AUGGUAACCACGCGCGCAAAGGCCAAAUCACAAGAUCACGGCGCCGAACAGGCCAGCGAGCCCCAGACCGGACAGAAGAGGUCACGGGCCCAGGCACCAAAGACAAAAGCCGCCGAGCCGAAAGAGAAACAGCACAAGAAGGAACAAGCCGGGCCCGAGGACAAGGCCGUGGUUAAGAACCAGAAGGGUAAACCCGACGAGGAGGAAGAUGACAAGGGCGCACCAUCCAAGCCUAAUACUCAGCAACAGCCGAAGCAGAAGAAACCCACCAACAACAAAAAGGUCAACACUCUCAUCCAGCAACACGCCAAUCUCCCUCUUUCAGACACGGAUCUGGAAAACCCGGGCAAGGCCACGCCCGACACGCUCCUAGCCCUGCUGUUGCAUGCGAUAUUGUCGUCCACCAGGGUCUCGCAUGCCAUUGCCGGCAAGACGACCAGCCUGGUCAUCCAGGCGGGGUAUCACAAACUGGACGUCUUGAAGAAGAGCACAUGGGAGGAAAGAACCGAAGUGCUCACCCAGGGCGGAUAUACUCACUAUCGAGAAAAGACAGCGACAUACCUAGGAGAACUGGCCGAGCUGAUUGAGGGCAAAUACGGUGGUGAUCUGAACGCGAUCCCCAAGAAAACGUCGCAAGACCCGAAGAAAAUUCGUGCCGAACUCAAGACCAUCAAGGGACUCGGAGACGUGGGGAUCGACAUCUUCUUCACGACGGCGCAGCACGUGUGGCCGUGUCUCGCGCCGUGGAUCGACCCCAGAAGCCUCAACACGGCGGAAAAGAUCGGUCUAGGCAACGACGUGCAGGCGCUGUGGAACGACGUCGGCGAGGAUGCCGAGUCAAUGUGUAAAUUGGCGUGCGCUUUGAUGGACGUCAGGCUGGAGAAGCGGGAGUCGGAGUGGACCUGA